GAGACGAGGGGAAAGGCAAUCAAUCCCCCAGAUCAGAUCUAGAGCUGCGCGUGCCCUGAGCUCCUCGCCGUCGCCGGUGGUCGAGUCGAAUAUCCCUUCAUUCGGCUGCAGCUCCGACCAGCCCACCCCGGAGGUUGGUGCGGCGGGGGCUCCGACGAGCUCCAUCUGGCAAGCGGCGGCGGUGAAAGAGGAUUUGCAUCCGACAGCUGCGAUCCGAUUGAUUUUGGCUAGUCGCUUGCAUCGGUUCAUGAUUCAGGUUCGAUCCCACUUCCUUCUCCUUUUUCAAGCACAGCUACCAUGAGGUUCAAGGGGCUGAUUUGAGUGCUUUCCACAUGGUAGAUGCAGUCAACAGACGCACGUCUAGAGUAAGGCUGCAACUAGAAAGGAAAAUCAGUCCUGGGUGUGGCUACCAACUUCAGAAUUGGAAAGAUGAUUUAAGUUCUUUCCUCUAGAGUUCGAAAAAAGGAAGGAAAAUCUGUCCUGGUUGUGCAGUUGCUGGUUGCAUGGAGGCAGCAGUGGUGAGCGUGUCGCAGGGCGCCAUAGGUGCCGUCCUCGCAAAGCUUGGCGGCCUGCUUGCUGGAGAGUACACGCUGCUGAAAGAAGCGAGAGGCGAGAUCAUGUUCCUUAAAGCUGAACUUGAGAGCAUGCGUGUAUUCCUGGAGAGGAUGUCGGAAGCGGAGGAGGAGCCUGACAAGCAAGCCAAGUGCUGGGCGAACGAGGUGCGUGAUCUGUCCUACGGCAUCGAGGACAGCGUUGAUGAGUUCAUGCUCCUGGUGGAAUCUCAGUCCAACUGCGAGCUGCAUGGAUUUAAGGGGUUUAUUUAUAGGAGCAUCAACUUGUUGACGACGAUCAACACUCGGCAUAAGGUCGCCAAGGAGUUCCGAGGCCUCAAGAGGCGUGUCAUGGAGGUGAGCGAGCGACGUGUGAGGUACAAGAUUGAUGAUGCUGUCUCAAACCCAAACAAUACAACCAUAGACAUUCGCCUGCUGGCACUCUAUGCGGACACAGCGGGCCUUGUGGGUAUUGACGGGCCGAGGGAUGAAUUAAUUCGGCUGAUGGCAUGUGAAGAGGGUGGUUCUGCACAACAGAUGAAGGUCCUCUCUAUUGUGGGAUUUGGAGGGCUUGGUAAGACUACAUUGGCGAACCAGAUUUACCACAAGCAAAAGCCGCAGUACCAGUGUCAUGCUUUUGUUUCCGUAUCCCAGAAACCAAACAUAAGAAUGAUUUUGAGAAGAAUGCUCUCUCAAGUUGGCUAUGUAGCGCCCGAUGGAACCAACACGGAAAUAUGGGCUGAGGACGAACUGAUCAAUGCACUCAGAAAAUUCCUUAAGAAUAAGAGGUACUUGAUUGUAAUUGAUGACAUUUGGGAUGAAACUACAUGGAAUGUUAUUAGAUGCGCUUUUCCAAAAAACAUGGAUGGUAGCAUGAUAAUAACAACUACCCGAAUUAAUAAUGUGGCUACAGCUUGCUGCUGCAACCAACAGGGCUAUGUUUACCAGAUGAAGUCACUAAGCAACGAAGACUCAAGAAAGCUUUUUUUCAAAAGAGUAUUUGGUUCAGAGCAUGCUUGCCCUAUGUACUUGGAGGAAGUUUCAGCUCAAAUUUUAAAAAGAUGUGGCGGCAUGCCUCUUGCAAUUGUGACUAUAUCUAGCCUUUUGGCUAGUGAACGAAGCAAAGUGAAGGAGCAUUGGGUGCAUGUAAUGAAUUCUCUGGGCCCCAAUUUUGAGUUGAAUCCAACGUUGGAAGGAAUGAGGCAAAUACUGAGCCUUAGUUACAUAAAUCUUCCUCAUUAUUUGAAGACAUGCAUGCUAUAUUUGGGUAUGUAUCCAGAAGACUAUAUAAUAUGGAAAAAUGAUUUGGUCAGGCAAUGGGUAGCCCAAGGUUUUGUAAGUAAAGCACAGGGGCAAUAUCCAGAGGACGUUGCAGAGGGCUAUUUUAACGAGCUAGUUAACAGAGGCAUCAUUCAGCCAGUUGAUACCGAUCAUAAUAAUGAAGUGUUAUCUUGCAGACUGCAUGAUAUGAUGCUUGACCUUAUUAUACACAAGUGCAGAGAAGAAAAUUUUAUCACUGCAACAGAUGACAUCCAAGACAUGAUAGGUUUGUCUGACAAGGUCCGCCGACUCUCCCUCUAUCUGGACGGUAUAAUAGAUGGCACAAUAUUGGAAACCACCCAGCUCUCACAAGUAAGAGCACUUGCCAGAUUUGGUAACUCUGCAUAUGCACCUCCUCUUGAAAUACCUGACCUCACUGGAAUAUCUCAUUUGUUCCAACUAAGGUAUCUGAAAAUUAAAGGAGAUGGUAAAUUUCAAGUUCCGUCAGAUGUUGUUCAUUUGGGCCAGUUGCAGCACCUGAUCGUCCCUCGUAGGACAAAUUUACCCAAUGGAAUUGGCAACAUGAAAUCUUUACGUACACUGGAAGAGUUUGAUGUGGGCUUGAAUUCUACAGACAACAUCAGAGACCUCAGGCAUCUCAUCAAUUUAAGGGAUCUUCGGAUAUGUGAUGAUCGUCCGAGGAAAUUUCGAAUACCUGAUGGUCUUUACAACAUGGAUGCAUUGCAUGACAUGGAAAGAAGACAGCGUUUGGAUGUUUUGACAUGUUCCCUUGAAAAACUUUGCGACCUCAGAUAUCUGCACAUGGAUUCUAACAUCAAAGUUAGUUAUGUGUUGAGUUCGCUAUUUCUUCGGAGGCUUCAUAUGCUGUGUCCGUUUCCGAAGGUUCCUAACGCGAUUGGAGAGCUCCAUAACCUCUUUGAUCUUGAUCUCACAAUUGAGGUGUUGGAAGAUGAUAUUGCAAUCCUUGCGCAGUUGCAAUCUCUUAACCGCCUUAAAUUGCAAAUCGAAGGGAAACCUGAAACUGAAGAGAAGGUAGUCAUUUGUAGAAAGGGAUUCCCUUUUCUCAAGCAUUUUUGGCUAUUCUGCUUCAGGAUGUCACAACUAACUUUUGAGGCAGGGACAAUGCCCAAUCUUGAAAAGCUCGAGGUAAGAAUCAAUUCGCCUUACGGUGCUGCACCUACGGGCAUCGAGCACCUAUUAGGCCUCAAGGAAAUCCUUGUAAUUAUUGGGGGAUGUGGUGACGAGGGAUCCUGCAGUACAAGAGCUGCACUGUCAGCGUUAAGGAAGGCCAUUGAUAUGCGCUCAAGUCGUCCUACAGCUAACAUUAAGUGUAUUGGCAGUUGGCUGUUCCUUGGGCACCUACCCGAUGGCUUCAGCUGGAGGAAGUACGGCCAGAGAGAUAUCCUUGACGCCAAGCACCCGAGAAGUUACUACCAAUGCUCUGGACGGAAAUCGGAGGGAUGCCGAGCGACCAAGCAUGUGCAGCGCACAGACGAUUGCGAUGAGCUCUUCCAUGUCGUGUAUAAACGAAAGCACACGUGUACACAGUGCAUGAUCCCGCUGCCACAACCUGGACAGGAGCAGACCAUCCAGGUGCCCCAGCCCACAUAACGGCAUUCCCACCCAUAAACGAGGCACACGAAAAAGCUAAAAAGUAGAGUGAAGCCAGUCAUUACGCUGGUAAGCAUCAUUUUGUAUCUCGGUUUGUCAAGUGUUGCUUCCUUUCAUUUUUAUUUAUUUCACUUCGAUGUAAUAUAUACUCCCUCCGUUCCCUAAUAUAAGACCUUUUAGCUAUUUCAAAAUAUUGACCACAUGCAUGCUAAAAUGAGUGAACAAUCAUACUGAAAUGUGUCUACAUACAUACGAAUCAAGAAAAAGCUAAAAGGUCUUAUAUUAAGGAACGGAGGGAGUAGUUGUUUAGAAGUUCACCACCUGUACCCGACAGCUUAAUCGGGUCUGAUUCUAUAUUCAGUUAA